UGUCUCUGAAUUCGAUUUGCUCUCCCUGUUGUCUGGUUGAGUAGAUCCCAGAAAUCCACUCACUGCUGAUGCAACACAUUGACGGGUCCACCUGGCUUCUACAUCUAAACAUCUAACACAUUAACGCUAAGGUAAUAUGGAAUUUUCUAUAGCUAGUAUGCUUUUCUGACGACGGUUUAUAUAUGAUUUCAAAGUUUCAACCACUCAAGUGUUGUCUAUAUUGUGUUUUAGCCAACCAGUUCGCUACAAAUGGUUAGCCAAAUGCUAGCGCUUAACAUGGACGGUUCAUUCACUUUCACGGUGUCAAUAAUAGCCAGCUCAAUUGUCACUGGCAACAGUAACUGAAGUUGCUAACUAACAAGUAAUUGAGCCAGGCUAGCACUACCAGUGACUAAAUUCUGCUUGGUAUAACACUGCUCUAAAACACACUGUUACUUAUCUAGCUAACUAGAUGUCUAGACUGCUAAAUUACUGUUUACUUUGGUAACUUGCUAGCUACCUAUCAACCUGUCAAAUAUUUGUCGUCUACCGUUAGCUAGAUAGCUCAUAGGCAGUCACAGGUGUGCGUCUCAAAUAUCACCAUAUUCCCUUUGGGCCAUGGUCAAAAGUAGUGCACUAUGUAGGGAAUGGGGUGCCAUUCUCUGGUCAAAAGUAGUGCACUAUAUAGGGAAUGGAGUGCCAUUUGGGAUAUGCACCCUGACUCAUAUUCCCUGACUCAAUAACUGUGCCACCCACCUCCUGUUCUCUCUCCUCCCCUCUCCUCCCUCCCCUCCCCUCCCCUCCCCUCCCCUCCCCUCCCCCCCCCCCCCCCUCCCCUCCCCUCCCCUCCCCUCCCCUCCCCUCCCCCCCUCCCCUCCCCUCCCCUCCUCUCCUCUCCUCUCCUCUCCUCUCCCUCCCUCUCCUCUCCCCUCCCCUCCCCUCCCCUCCUCUCCUCUCCUCUCCCCUCCCCUCCCCUCCCCUCCCCUCCUCUCCCCUCCCCUCCUCUCCUCUCCUCUCCCCUCCCCUCCCCUCCUCUCCUCUCCUCUCCCCUCCUCUCCUCUCCUCUCCUCUCCCCUCCCCUCCCCUCCUCUCCCCUCCCCUCCUCUCCUCUCCUCUCCUCUCCUCUCCUCUCCUCUCCUCUCCCUCCCCUCUCUGUGUAGGAGCUAGGCACCAUGGGAGAACAGCUGAGCCCAGAUGAGAAGCUUCACCUCAUCACUAGGAACCUGCAGGUGGGACACACACACACACACACACACACACACACACACACACUAAAUAAAGGUAAACACACACACUCUCUCUCUAUUGAAUGGUUGAUAUUGUCUGUGUGUGGUGUUUCAGGAGGUGCUUGGAGAGGAGAAGAUGAAGCAGGUUCUGGCAGAGAGGGAACUGAAGGUGUACUGGGGAACAGCCACCACAGGAAAACCCCAUGUUGCCUACUUCGUCCCCAUGUCCAAGAUCGCAGAUUUCCUCAAGGCAGGGUGUGAGGUGAGAUCUGUGUGUGUGUGUUUGAUUCCCUUAUCUUCCUAACUUAUCUGAUGUGUGUGAAUGUGCUUCCCUCAUUAUUGACCAGCCUAUUUUGUUGUGAUGGGGGAAAGAACCACUAGCUACUUAUCACAGUAUUAUUUUGGACGGUAUUAUAUCGAUAUCGUAAAAAAUAAAUAGAAAGACAUUUUUUAAAUAAUACAAAUAUUGAUGUAUUUUUGCUAGGUAGCAUUAGCUAGAGCUAGGUAGCGUUAGCUAGAGCUAGGUAGCAUUAGCUAGAGCUAGGUAGCAUUAGCUAGAGCUAGGUAGCGUUAGCUAGAGCUAGGUAGCGUUAGCUAGAGCUAGGUAGCGUUAGCUAGAGCUAGGUAGCAUUAGCUUGAGCUAGGUAGCGUUAGCUAGAGCUAGGUAGCAUUAGCUUGAGCUAGGUAGCGUUAGCUAGAGCUAGGUAGCAUUAGCUUGAGCUAGGUAGCGUUAGCUAGAGCUAGGUAGCAUUAGCUUGAGCUAGGUAGCGUUAGCUAGAGCUAGGUAGCAUUAGCUUGAGCUAGGUAGCGUUAGCUAGAGCUAGGUAGCGUUAGCUAGAGCUAGGUAGCGUUAGCUAGAGCUAGGUAGCAUUAGCUUGAGCUAGGUAGCGUUAGCUUGAGCUAGGUAGCGUUAGCUAGAGCUAGGUAGCGUUAGCUAGAGCUAGGUUGCGUUAGCUUGAGUAAGUUCCCGUAAGUUCCCUAGCAAUUCUCAGCCCUAACUAUUUGUGCGGGUGUGUGUCCGUCCCGUGUAGCUCAGUUGGUAGAGCAUGGCGCUUGCAACGCCAGGGUUGUGGGUUCGAUUCCCGGGUGGGGGGGGGGGGGGGGGGGGGGGGGGGGGGGGCAGUAUGAAAAUGUAUGCACUCACUAACUGUAAGUCGCUCUGGAUAAGAGCGUCUGCUAAAUGACUAAAAUGUUUUCUUUUUAAAUGUCUAACUCCCCUGCCGACCCCCUCCCCAGGUGACCAUCCUGUUUGCAGACCUGCAUGCGUUCCUGGACAACAUGAAGGCUCCCUGGGAGCUGCUGGAGCUGAGGGUGCAGUACUAUGAACAGGUGAUCAAGGCUAUGCUGGAGAGCAUCGGGGUGCCGCUGGACAAACUCAAGUUCAUCAAGGGGACAGACUUCCAACUCAGCAGGUUAGCGGGCAGGCUCAGUAGUUCGUCUUUCAACAACCGUUAUCUCAAUGCAAGGCUCUGGUUUGUAGGAGCUGGUCUCGCAGCCUUGAACUCAGAAUGCACUUUGAAGAAUCCACAUUGAACAUGCUUUUUAGUUCAGGACUAGACUCAAUCUUUGUCAGGGAAACCAGUCCAUAGUGUUUAGAUGUCAAAGUCAGUGCUCAUUUGAUGUACCUACGUAUGCCCUCUGCCUGUCUCUCUCCCUCCCUUGAUGUACCUACGUAUGCCCUCUGCCUGUCUCUCUCCCUCCCUUAGAGAGUACACUCUGGACGUGUACCGUCUAUCGUCCAUGGUAACAGAACAUGAUGCUAAGAAGGCUGGAGCUGAGGUGGUUAAACAGGUGGACCACCCUCUACUCAGUGGUCUGCUCUACCCCGGACUACAGGUAAUAACAUGGUUAUAACACAUUAUAACACCCUCUACUCAGUGAUCUGCUCUACCCCGGACUACAGGUAAUAACAUGGUUAUAACACAUUAUAACACCCUCUACUCAGUGGUCUGCUCUACCCCGGACUACAGGUAAUAACAUGGUUAUAACACAUUAUAACACCCUCUACUCAGUGGUCUGCUCUACCCUGGACUACAGGUAAUAACAUGGUUAUAACACAUUUAUAACACCUCUACUCAGUGGUCUGCUCUACCCUGGACUACAGGUAAUAACAUGGUUAUAACACAUUAUAACACCCUCUACUCAGUGAUCUGCUCUACCCUGGACUACAGGUAUUAACAUGGUUAUAACACAUUAUAACACCCUCUACUCAGUGAUCUGCUCUACCCGGACUACAGGUAUUAACAUGGUUAUAACACAUUAUAACACCCUCUACUCAGUGGUCUGCUCUACCCUGGACUACAGGUAUUAAAUGGUUAUAACACAUUAUAACACCCUCUACUCAGUGCCUGCUCUACCCUGGACUACAGGUAAUAACAUGGUUAUAACACAUUAUAACACCCUCUACUCAGUGGCCUGCUCUACCCUGGACUACAGGUAAUAACAUGGUUAUAACACAUUAUAACACCCUACUCAGUGGUCUGCUCUACCCCGGACUACAGGUAUAACAUGGUUAUAAACACAUUAUAACACCCUCUACUCAGUGUCCUGCUCUACCUGGACUACAGGUUAAUAACAUGGUUAUAAACACAUUUAACACCCUCUACUCAGUGGCCUUGCUCUACCCUGGACUACAGGUAUAUAACAUGGUUAUAACACAUUAUAACACCCUCUACUCAGUGAUCUGCUCUACCCCGGACUACAGGUAUAUUAACAUGGUUUUAUAACACAUUAUAACACCCUCUACUCGUGGUUGCUCUACCCGGACUAAGGUAAUAACAUGGUAUAACACAUUAUAACACCCUCUACUCAGUGGCUGCUCUACCCGGACUACAGGUAUUAACAUGGUUUAUAACACAUUAUAACCACCCUCUACUCAGUGGCCUGCUCUACCCUGGAUACAGGUAAUAAACAUGGGUUAUCACACAUUUAUAACACCCCUCUACUCAGUGGUUGCUCUACCCCGGACUACAGGUAUUAACAUGGUUAUAAACACAUUAUAACACCCUCUACUCAGUUGCCUGCUCUACCUGGACUACAGGUAAUAACAUGGUUAUAACACAUUAUAACACCCCACUACUCAGUGGCCUGCUCUACCCUGGGACUACAGGUAUUAACAUGGUUAUAACACAUUAUAACACCCACUACUCAGUGGUCUGCUCUACCCCGGACUACAGGUAUUAACAUGGUUAUAACACAUUAUAACACCCUCUACUCAGUGAUCUGCUCUACCCCGGACUACAGGUAUUAACAUGGUUAUAACACAUUAUAACACCCUCUACUCAGUGGCCUGCUCUACCCUGGACUACAGGUAUUAACAUGGUUAUAACACAUUAUAACACCCACUACUCAGUGGUCUGCUCUACCCCGGACUACAGGUAUUAACAUGGUUAUAACACAUUAUAACACCCUCUACUCAGUGAUCUGCUCUACCCCGGACUACAGGUAUUAACAUGGUUAUAACACAUUAUAACACCCUCUACUCAGUGGUCUGCUCUACCCCGGACUACAGGUAUUAACAUGGUUAUAACACAUUAUAACACCCUCUACUCAGUGGCCUGCUCUACCCUGGACUACAGGUAAUAACAUGGUUAUAACACAUUAUAACACCCACUACUCAGUGGCCUGCUCUACCCUGGACUACAGGUAUUAACAUGGUUAUAACACAUUAUAACACCCACUACUCAGUGGUCUGCUCUACCCUGGACUACAGGUAAUAACAUGGUUAUAACACAUUAUAACACCCUCUACUCAGUGGCCUGCUCUACCCUGGGACUACAGGUAUUAACAUGGUUAUAACACAUUAUAACACCCUCUACUCAGUGGUCUGCUCUACCCCGGACUACAGGUAUUAACAUGGUUAUAACACAUUAUAACACCCUCUACUCAGUGAUCUGCUCUACCCUGGACUACAGGUAAUAACAUGGUUAUAACACAUUAUAACACCCACUACUCAGUGGCCUGCUCUACCCUGGACUACAGGUAUUAACAUGGUUAUAACACAUUAUAACACCCUCUACUCAGUGAUCUGCUCUACCCCGGGACUACAGGUAUUAACAUGGUUAUAACACAUUAUAACACCCUCUACUCAGUUGCCAUGCUCUACCCUGGACUACAGGUAAUAACAUGGUUAUAACACAUUAUAACACCCUCUACUCAGUGGCCUGCUCUACCCUGGACUACAGGUAUUAACAUGGUUAUAACACAUUAUAACACCCUCUACUCAGUGGUCUGCUCUACCCCGGACUACAGGUAUUAACAUGGUUAUAACACAUUAUAACACCCUCUACUCAGUGAUCUGCUCUACCCUGGACUACAGGUAUAACAUGGUUAUAACACAUUAUAACACCCACUACUCAGUGGCCUGCUCUACCCUGGACUACAGGUAUUAACAUGGUUAUAAACAUUAUAACACCCACUACUCAGUGGUCUGCUCUACCCCGGACUACAGGUAUUAACAUGGUUAUAACACAUUAUAACACCCUCUACUCAGUGGUCUGCUCUACCCCGGACUACAGGUAUUAACAUGGUUAUAACACAUUAUAACACCCUCUACUCAGUGGUCUGCUCUACCCCGGACUACAGGUAUUAAACAUGGUUAUAACACAUUAUAACACCCUCUACUCAGUGGUCUGCUCUACCCCGGACUACAGGUAUUAACAUGGUUAUAACACAUUAUAACACCCCUACUCAGUGGCCUGCUCUACCCUGGACUACAGGUAAUAACAUGGUUUACUAACACAUUAUAAACACCCACUACUCAGUGGUCUGCUCUACCCUGGACUACAGGUAAUAACAUGGUAUAACACAGGUUUAUAACAUCCCUCCAGUGGUCUGCUCUACCCGGACUAGCAGGGUAUACAUGUAUAACAAUAUAACACCUUUAACUGGUCAGGGUCUGUCUACCCUGGACUACAGGUAUAAAGGUUAUAACCAUUUAACCUGUCUGUUACUAUGGUCUGACAGGUACCUGAGCUCUACCUGUUGUUACUACAGGAUAGACAGGUUAUGAAGCACAUUAUAAACCCCUUACUCAGUGGUUGCUCUAAGGUAUGACAGGUAUGACCGUUAAUACUGGUUAUAACACUUGAUAAACAGCUACUCGAGCCUACCCUGGACAAAAGUGUAUACAUGUUACUAGACUGAGAAGGUAACCUGGCUAUCAAUUGUAAACACCCACUACUCUGCUCUACCCUGGACAACAGGUAAUAACAUGGUUAUAGACUACAGGUAAUAACAUAUUAUAACACCCACUACUCAGUGGCCUGCUCUACCCUGGACAACAGGUAAUAACAUGGUUAUAACAGGUUUGUAACCCAUUUGCCCCGUCCGUCUUCUAGGCUCUAGAUGAGGAGUAUCUGAAAGUAGAUGCCCAGUUUGGAGGAGUGGAUCAGAGGAAGAUCUUCACCCUGGCUGAGAAGGUACCCUGAGCCUUCUGACCUGUUGUUACUACUGGCUGAGAAGGUACCCUGAGCCUUCUGACCUGUUGUUACUACUGGCUGAGAAGGUACCCUGAGGCCUUCUGACCUGUUGUUACUACUGGCUGAGAAAGGUACCUGAGCCUUCUGACCUGUUGUUACUACUGGCUGAGAAGGUACCCUGAGCCUUGUGACCUGUUGUAACUACUGGCUGAGAAGGUACCCUGAGCCUUCUGACCUGUUGUUACUACUGGCUGAGAAGGUACCCUGAGCCUUCUGACCUGUUGUUAACUACUGGCUGAGAAGGUACCCUGAGCCUUCUGACCUGUUGUUACUACUGGCUGAGAAGGUACCCUGAGCCUUCUGACCUGUUGUUACUACUGGCUGAGAAGGUACCCUGAGCCUUCUGACCUGUUGUUACUACUGGCUGAGAAGGUACCCUGAGCCUUCUGACCUGUUGUUACUACUGGCUGAGAAGGUACCCUGAGCCUUCUGACCUGUUGUUACAUUUACUACUGGCUGAGAAGGUACCCUGAGCCUUCUGACCUGUUGUUACUACUGGCUGAGAAGGUACCCUGAGCCUUCUGACCUGUUGUUACAUUUACAUUGACAUUUACGUCAUUUAGCAGACGCUCUUAUCCAGAGUGACUUACAGGAGCAAUUAGGGUUAAGUGCCUUGCUCAAGGGCACAUCGACAAAUUUUUUAACCUAGUCGGCUCGGGGAUUAGAACCAGCGACCUUUCGGUUACUGGCACAACGCUCUUAACCACUAAGCUACCUGCCGUUACACUGUCAGCACUGUCCUCUUGUAGAGAAAGCUCUUUUUAGAUUGAGUUAAUUAAUUGAUCAACUGGGAAAUUAAGAAAUUAUUGUAAUAUGUAAGUUUUGCAUAAUGUAUACAUUCUGAAUAUCCCUUGCGAGAAAGACAAGAGGAGAGCAGAGAGAACGGGGAGAGCGAGAGAGGCGAAUCAGAAAGGAAAGCGACGGAAAGGGGGGGAGGAGGAGGAGAGAGAGAGAGAAGCAGAGAGCUAGGAGUAGAGCACGCGUCGCUAGAUAGGGCUCUAGGCGUCUCGGGAUAGAACGAGAGAGAGUGAGACGAGAGCGCCAGAAACAAGUAGUGAGACUCUAUCUCUCAUCUCGCAACCACUCCUGUUCUAUAUCUAGAGCUGCCUACAACCAUUCUUGUCUCUCUUUCUCUCUCUCACCCUUCUUUCUCUGAUCUUCUUCCACUCUCUCUCUCUCUCCACCCCUUCUCUUUCUCUCUCUAUCUCUUCCUCCCUCCAGUACCUGCCUUCUCUUGGCUAUGCUAAGCGUUCCCAUCUGAUGAACCCCAUGGUACCAGGACUGACUGGGGCUAAGAUGAGCUCUUCAGAGGAGGUGAGUGGCCCUGUCACAAUAGUUUUAUGAUUAUAAUGCAUCCCUUCCUUCCUCCCUUCCUCUUCUUUUGGAGGUAAUAUAUUGUUUUGACCAAUCCCAAACGGACACAGCCCUGGGUUGUAUUCAUUACGACAGACAGUAGCAAAGCAUUUUGCAACAGAAAAUGAACGUUUCUUAUUGGACAAGUUCAGGUAGUCCUUCCCCGUUUGUCCGUUUUCUUCUGGUUGGUGCCUAAUGAACGUGGCCCUGUGUGUUUCUUGUUGACCUCUGCAGGAGUCAAAGAUUGACCUCCUGGACAGGAAGGAGGAUGUAAAGAAGAAGCUGAAGAAGGCUUUCUGUGAGCCGGGCAACAUUGAGAACAACGGAGUCCUCUCCUUCGUUAAACAUGUCCUCUUCCCACUCGUAGGAGGUGAGUAAUGCCCCUGCUUCCCCCUCUUUCCUGUUCUGUUCUCUUCCCCCUCUCUUUUCCUUUAUCAAGCAUGUCCUAUUCCCCUUGGUUGGAGGUGAGUCAGUCUCUUCUUCCUCUCUCUCCUCCUCUUCUCUCCUCUUCUUCCUCUCUUCUCCUUCAUCAUGGUAGGAGGUGAAUUGAUGUCUUCUUUCAUCCUCCUCCCACUCUUCCCUUCCUUUCAUCCCUUGUCUCUGGAUACUCCCCCUGUCCUCCUCCUCCCCCUACAGUCCUCCUCCCCCUGUCCUCCUCCUCCCUCUACAGUCCUCCUGUGCCAGGCACCAGCUAGAGUCAGCAUGUCUGUGUUGCAUCUCUUUCAGAGUUCUCCAUUAAAAGAGACCCCAAGUUCGGAGGAGACAAAACCUACACAGACUUUGAGGAAGUGGAGAAAGAAUUUGGCGAAGAGGUACGGUCAUGACUGACUGCUGUUGUUGUUGUUGUAUGACCACUGUUGUUGGCCCAUCAUGCAUUUGGUUUGACCUCUAACCUCUGACCUCUAGCUGAUCCAUCCUGGUGACCUGAAGGCGGGCGUGGAGGUGGCCCUCAACAAGCUGCUCGACCCAAUCAGGAAGAAGUUUGAAUCUCCAGAGCUCCGUAAACUCUCCAACACGGCCUAUCCAGACCCAUCAAAGAACAGUCAGUAGAACCUACUGUUACCAACCGCUCAUCACCGUAAACCUCAAGGCUUCCUAAAGUAGACCUAUAGGAGACUGUUUCUCCAGACCUGUGACCCUUGACCCUGUGUGUCUCUAUGUCUCCCUGUCAGAAGGAGCAGGGAAGGGGAACUCUAAAGCAGCAGAAGGGGAUGAACUGGUUCCCUCCAGAUUGGACAUCAGGGUGGGCAAGGUCAUCAGUGUGGAGAAGGUACUCAUUCAUUCAUUCGUUUAUUUAUCCUUAUUUAAACUAGGGAGACCCUUUUGAGAGAAAUGCUGAAUUCCAAAUGGUGGAAAUAUGGUGGAAAUACCCCCAGCCAAUCAGAGAGCAAGAUGGAGGAGCUAAUACUCAUGUACCUGAAGAGGCUAAGGGGCUAUUUGGGAUUCAGCAAAUCAUCUCCAAUUUCCUUUCUUUCUCUUCACUGAUUGGUCUUUCUCUCUGUCUGUCCUCGCCUCCCUCAGCAUCCGGAUGCUGAUUCGCUGUACCUGGAGAAGAUAGACGUCGGAGAGGCGGAGCCAAGGACGGUGGUGAGCGGCCUGGUGGCCUACGUUUCCCAGGAGGCCUUGCAGGACCGGCUGGUGUUGUUGCUAUGCAACCUGAAGCCCCAGAAGAUGAGGGGGGUGGAGUCCCAAGCCAUGCUGCUCUGUGCCUCCAUGUGAGUCUCCCCCUCCUUUCUCAUCCCUACUUCUCCCCCUCCUUUCCUGCCUUACUAUGUACUCCUUCCUUUGUCUUUUCAUUUGUCCCCCUGCUUCUCUCUCUCUCUCUCUCUCUCUCUGUCUCUCUCUCUCUCUCUCUCUCUCUCUCUCUCUCUCUCUCUCUCUCUCUGUCUCUCUCUCGUCUCUCUGUCUCUCUGUCUGUCUCUGUCUCUCUCUCUCUCUGUCUCUGUCUCUCUCUCUCUUUGU